GAUGGGAUUUCCAGCAGUUUCACCACUUCCAUCCCACUCCAAGAUGGGAUUUCCAGCACUUCCACGCUCCCAGAUCCCCGAUUGCACAUCCCAGAGCUGCGGGAAGCUCCGUGACGUCGCUGCGCUGCGGGACCCUCCUGGAGGUGCUUUAGUCGGGUGCCAAGCCGAGAUUUUUCCUUCCCCACCCUCCAGACCGAGCCCCCAGCCCCGUGGGGAGGGAAACAGCAGAAUUCCAAGGUGGAAAACAGCUGUGCUGAGGCUCGGGAGGGCUCCACAUCCCCACGUGGCACCGCAGGAUGGGCUGGGGGGCACAUGGGGAGGGGAAGGGGCUGGAUCUGCCUGCCCUCCUCGUGUCUUGUGCUUGUCCUGGCAGCAUCCUGUGCCUUUCCUUUGGGCACACAUGGAUGGGAUUAUCCAGGCUGGGCCUCCUGUGCCGCUGGUUUUCUUGGAGUUCUCUCCAUGGGGUGGGGUCUGGCGCGGGGUGGGAUCCGUUUCUUCGGGGGUUGUCGUGUUUGCAGCAGCCCCUGCGUGACAAGUGCUGCUCCCAGCUUUUUUCCAGAGUUCCUUUUGGGAACAGGAGCCUUUGGGACAUCUCUGGCAACUCGUUUUCAGCCUGGAUUAAUUAAUUUAAGCCAUGCUCAGGAGGAGGGGUGCGGUUUCCAUGUUCAUCCCGCAGCUCCCCACCCCGAGGGGACACAGAGUGGGAAAUCACAUCUCCCAAAGCAGCAACUCCUUCAAAUCCCUGGGGAAUAUCCCAAGGGAUCUAUCCCAGCUCCUCAUCCCUGGAGAAUAUCCCAAGGGAUCUAUCCCAGCUCCUCAUCCCUGGGGAAUAUCCCAAGGGAUUUAUCCCAGCUCCUCAUCCCUGGGGAAUAUCCCAAGGGAUCUAUCCCAGCUCCUCAUCCCUGGAGAAUAUCCCAAGGGAUUUAUCCCAGCUCCUCAUCCCUGGGGAAUAUCCCAAGGGAUCUAGCCCAGCUCCUCAUCCCUGGGGAAUAUCCCAAGGGAUUUAUCCCAGCUCCUCAUCCCUGGAGAAUAUCCCAAGGGAUUUAUCCCAGCUCCUCAUCCCUGGGGAAUAUCCCAAGGGAUCUAGCCCAGCUCCUCAUCCCUGGGGAAUAUCCCAAGGGAUUUAUCCCAGCUCCUCAUCCCUGGGGAAUAUCCCAAGGGAUUUAUCCCAGCUCCUCAUCCCUGGGGAAUAUCCCAAGGGAUUUAUCCCAGCUCCUCAUCCCUGGGGAAUAUCCCAAGGGAUUUAUCCCAGCUCCUCAUCCCUGGGGAAUAUCCCAAGGGAUCUAUCCCAGCUCCUCAUCCUCUCAGGUGGGAGCUGGCUCCAGGAGAGGAGCUGCUGGCUCAUCACCACUUUUGUGUUAUCCCAGUGGCUGAUAAACCUUCCCAGGGAGGUUUCCAGGAUCCUCAGAGCUGGGAGUUCCUCAGCUCAGGCCCCACCUGGCAGCUUUUUCAUCCCAUUUUUCCACCCCAAGUCCUCUUUGUGUGUCAGUGAACAUCAACAUCCUGGCACUGCAUCCCACGAACCCACCCUGUGCCAGAUGUGCCUGUCACACCUUAAAAUCACCCAAAAUCAGGUUGGAUCUGAACCCAAACACAAACUACACUCGGCAGCGAUGAUUUAUGGGCUGUGACAACCCUGUCAUGCCUUAAAAUCACCCAAAAUCAGGUUGGAUCUGGGAGGAGCUGAACCCCAAACACAAACUACGCUCGGCAGUGAUGAUUUAUUGGCAGUGACAACCCUGUCAUGCCUUAAAAUCACCCAAAAUCAGGUUGGAUCUAACCCCAAACACAAACUACACUCGGCAGCGAUGAUUUAUGGGCUGUGACAACCCUGUCACACCUUAAAAUCACCCAAAAUCAGGUUGGAUCUGGGAGGAGCUGAACCCCAAACACAAACUGCACUCGGCAGUGAUGAUUUAUUGGCUGUCACAACGCGGGUCGUGUGUUUUGGGGGGGUUCCCAUAGGCAGGGAGCGACUCUUAUCUCCACCUCAGCAAACUGAACGGAUCCAAAUCCCUCAUUUCACAGCUUUGCCCAUCCUCAGCAGCAUCCCCAGAGGUUCCAGGCGUUUCCAUUCCCUCCCAGGGCGGUGCUGGGGGCGCGGGGAGUUUGGAAGGGCCGAGCAGGGCUCGCCCCCUGGCCGUCGCAGCCGCCUGUGCCGGGGGAUGCCUGGCGUUCCUGCGAGCAUCCCCGGGCUGGAUUGGCUGCGGGGGCCAAACCUUUCCUUUUUAGGCUCUAAAGGAUCCCAGCCCUGCCCGGGGUCCCGCAGCCGCGGAGUCCUGGAGCUGGCAGCGCUUCUGGGCUCAGGGGUGGCUCUGGGGUUUGGGGGUGUCCCCCUGGAUGGGCUGGGCUGGGAUCCUGCCCCUGGCUCCGUGGGAUUCCUGGCACAGCCUCCAUCGAGCCCCUUUUCCCACCCCGCUCUGCUGGCUUUGGGGAAGGAUUUAUCAGAAAGGGAUUUAUGUCAUAUAUGGCAGCCUUUCCCCUCGGUGACCUCAUGUUUGGCAGGGACACGGCCGGGCCGGGCUGGGAGGGGGACACGGAGUGCAGGGCCAGGGGACAAAUCCAGCCCCUGUGAGAUGUUGGACAGGGAAAGGGAACAGCCUGGAAGGGCCACCCUGGGGACACUGGGGGAGUGAACUGGUGGUGUUGGGGACACCCUGUCCCUGUCCUGCCCAGAUGGGACAGAGCCAGCCUGGGGGACACUGGGGGAGUGAACUGGUGGUGCUGGGG